AAAUGAGACAAUGAGGGAACUACCUUGUUGGUGAAAAAAAGACUUAUGAUGGAUGAUGAGAGUCCAACACACAGUCGAGGCUUGUCACCGGAGUCUGGUAUCGUUUUAGAGGGAACAGAAUGUACUGUAAACUCAAACACAACAGAGAAAACUCUGGAAGAGCUUGCGGCUGUGGAUUCUGCAAGAAGCAAUGGGCUUUCACCUAAUCAAUUGUACAACUUUAACUUGGCCAAUCCGGAAGAAAUUACGAAAAUGUUAGAAAAUGUUGAUUUGACAGACGAGGACACUGACGUUUUGUUACAGGAAGCGUACAAUAUCAAUAGAAAACUUAAAGAAAUAUUGCGAAGGCGAGAGGAAGGCCAUACUUUAGAUGCUGCGGAUCAAGCAAUACUGAAUCAAAUGAUCGUUGUUGUUCCAGGAGCAUCUAAAGAGGGUCGCGCCUCAACAGCAAAAGCCUUAGGAGGAAUGGAGUUGCAGAAAAAAGAUCCUUUACCUCCGAUAAAAACGGACAAUGAACAAAACCCACGUGUGGCCUCUGCAAUAUAUAGUGCAAAGUUAAACAGACGAGCGGCGCAGGUGACAGUAUCUAGUCGUCCUGGUGCGAGAAAACCAGGAGGGGCAACUUCGGGGGAUUUAGUUAGCAGGAAGGAAAGGACUGGGUCUGGAGUUUCCCGGACUAGUGUUCAGAAAUCAGCAUCUUCUACAAAGAAAGGCGCAUCAGGACUAAGACGGGAGAAAGCACCGAUUCCGAUAGCAGAGAGACCCGAAUGGAACGACAGAUAUUGACAAUGUUAAUAAACUGAUUUUUUAUACAUUACUUUAUACAUUAAUUUUCACGUUAUUCAUUCUGUUGAAUUUUAAAAUCAUAACUAGUGAAGUUAUAUAUGAAAUGUCUGCUUGCCAAAAAUUAAUGAUUUAAAGACGAUAAUGUGGACUUUUAGCUUGUAAGAAAGAGGAUACUCAAAGUAUUGAAGUAUGUCACAGAAAGUCUACGGAAUCUAUUCAUGUAUAGUAAGAAUAGCUGAAAUAAUCAUUAAAAAAAUUAAAUGAAAUGAUCAUAGUACAUCAAUUCUUGUUUUUUAAUUGAAUAAAGGAUACUUUUCUAUUUGAAUUUAAAAACGAAUCUCUUCUAGUUAAAAA